AUGAAGUAUUUGUUUUUUUUUAUUUUGUGCGUAAUAAGUGCGAAUGGAAGACUCACUAUACGUAAUAAAGAUAAAGUUAGUAAUUUAAUAUUAGAUAUAAAGCCAGUUUCAACAGUGAAAACUAUUGUCAAUGAUUUGAUUGAGAAAACUAACGCUAGUGACAAUUUAAUCACUUUGGACUUGAAUAAAGAAAAUGUUUCAAAUUCUUCAGAGAGCAAGCAACCAAAUUGCACCACAGAAAAAGAUGUAUUUAAUAAUUUAUUAAAUCCAAACUACAAUUUCACUUAUGUUAUGGAUAAUUUAUGUAAACUGAAUGCAACAAACGAUGAAAGUAAAAUUGACAAUGGUACAGCGUUAAUGCUAUCAAAGUAUUUAAAAGAAGGAAGAACGAAAGAGGCUCGAACGGCGUGUAAAGUUGAUUCAGAGGUUUUUCUGGGCAUCAAGAGUUACUCUGGUUUCUUUACUGUGAACGAGACAUAUAACUCGAAUAUAUUCUUUUGGUACUUCCCCGUACUAAAUAAACCAGUGAGUGAGAGUCCAUUAAUUAUCUGGCUGCAAGGAGGACCCGGAGCAUCAAGUAUGACUGGACUUUUUGAUGAAAUCGGACCUUUUACUGUACUUAACAGCACAUUGAGACGGAAUCCAUACACAUGGCUGCAGAACCACUCCCUCAUAUUCAUUGACAAUCCCGUUGGGACAGGGUACAGCUUUACGGACCAUGAAGAUGGAUACAUUACAGAUAUGACCGGGUAUACUGACCAUCUAUACAGUACAUUAAAACAGUUCUUCCAAGUAUUCCCUGAGCUGAAAACAGUGCCGCUAUUUGUGGCUGGAGAAUCAUACGCCGGAAAAUAUGUACCGGCCUUGGCCAUGGAGAUACAUAAAAGAAACCAGAACCCAGAAAACCCUAGUAUUAAUCUUCAGGGCAUGAUAAUUGGAAACGCGUACGUAGAUCCAGAUAUGAUAGCACAUUUGGUAUGGCCGUUCUACUACUUUGGUCUCUUGGAGAAAGAACAGAUUAAGAUAGUGCAGCCGUUGGUGGACUCAUUCCACGAGGAUAUCAAAGCUAACAGGAGUGUAGAAGCUAAACAAAAAUGGAACAGUUUAAUAACAAUCUUACUGUUCUUGACACAUCAACGACACGCCUACAAUUUCCUCCGCGAUGACCUCUCUGUGGGUAAAUACAUUAGUUUCCUGAGAUCGUCCAAGGUCAAGAAAGCAAUUCACGUGGGCGAAAUCAAGUUUGGCUUCGUGAAUAUCACCGUGAACUCAAAACUAGCACCGGACUUUUUGAGUACAACAAAACCGUUGUUUGAACAAUUGUUAGAGAAUUACAGAGUGCUUGCAUACUGUGGACAGUUGGACCAGAUGCUACCAUGUGUCUACACGUCAGAGAACUAUCGUACAUGGAAGUGGAACGGGACUGAAGAGUUCAUAAAAGCUUCUAGGCUACCAUAUAUUUAUAACAAUGUAUUAGCUGGGUAUCACAAAAGCGGAGGUCACUUUACAGAAGUUGUCUUUCGAGGAGCUGGCCACAUGGUGCCACUAGACAAGCCCGCUCCUGUACAGAACCUCGUGGCCAGGUGGACGCAUGACAAGUCACUAAGCGUCCGCUACGGGCUUCUCGAAGGCUCCUUCGUUCAGGAGUUUGUUAAGAACAACUCGAUGACUGUCUACCUUUAA